CCGGAUGUCGGCAGCAGGUGCCACAGGAAGUGUGUUCGUCUCUGUCUGCAGAUGAAAAAAGAAGCUAACGGCGUUUAACUGCCAAAAUCCACUCCAGAAUUUCAACAAAGGAAGCAUAACAGAAACUCUGAAAUGAGCAACCCAGCUGUGCCCAACCAUCGGAGGACCAAGCCUGGAGGCAUAAAGCCAGCGCCUGUGACCAGUGGCGUGACGGGACCGUCCUCUCAGAUCCCUGGUCUGUCCCAGACUGCUGAUGAAAGCACUCCAAUGGAGAGGGCCAGUGGACGGCGAGUUGGGAUAUUUGAGAGUGACUCGGACUACACCAAGCUUGCAAAACAGGGAGGACACAAAGGACUGUUGAGUCAUGAUGCUGAUGGGGAUGAUACACCAAAGAAAGUGUACAAUCCACCCACAAGCUGGUUUGGACCUGAUGAGUCAAAGAGUGGAAACAAAGCAACGUCUCCCAACAGCCAGAUGAAGGGGGGCAGCCAGCCCCUGUUUGCGCCGUUUGGCACUGAUAACAAUGGGUCCUGGGAAAGAGAGACUGAUAGCUUUUCCCCUGAUAAAGUUAAGGAUUCUCCUGAUGGUGUUGCCAAUGAGUUGGAGGGUCUCACUCUAACCAACAAAUACAAGAGAGUAUGUCAUGAUAAGAAGGCUCCUCCUGUCAGCAUGACCAUGCUGCUGAGUCAUGGUUAUGUGGAAGACCAGAAGUCUCCCAAUGACGACGAUGCCUCAAGUAUGACCUCAGAGCAAACCAGCACCAUUGCAACGGAGGAUGUGGACGACGUGGAGUAGUGUGCACAGGUUCUCAUCUAGAGGGAAAAGAGCGGGGGUCGUCCUGACUCCAGUUCAUGGUGUCACAAUUCCACGAACACGCCACUCUGCCCGUCUCAGAUUCACUUGCAUUAAUUGUACAUCCACUGACUAUUAGUUUUUUUUAUUCAUGUUUAUGCAAAGGGUACUGUAAUUUUUUGUUUGCUUUAAUUUAAAAAACGAGUUGGCACAUAUUUUGUUGAGUAGACGUGUUGCUGCGCGCAGUAUUAUUUUGUUCAGUCCGUGUUUUGUCGUGCCUCAAUUUGAAAGACAAGUUGUGCACUGGGAGGUAAAAUAACAAUUCGGUUGAAAACUAAAAACAGCCUUACCUGCUAAAUCUUCCAUUUGGCUGGUGGCUGCUGUUGACUUCCCUCCCUGGUUGUAUGAAGGUUGAGUUAGUGAAUUUUAGUGUUAGGUGUUCUAUAAAGAAUUGUGGUUCCAGUGAUGUGAAACAUUUGUUUUGAUCAAGGGCUCCUGCUUUCUGAUGGGAUGUCCGAGGUGUGUGUGUGUGUGGGUGUGUGUGUGUGUUCUCAGCUGCAGAGGUGGAUAUGAUCAUUCGUUGAGACGGCAACCCUGCAGCUGUGACCACAUGCCGAAGUGUGUACUGAUGGCUACAUCCGCAGUGGUUGGUUAAUAAAAGGGGCCAAACAUGAUUUUUUUGGUUGCUGCUGUGCAAAAGGCUUCUCUUCUUAUCAGUUCCUUUUUUUUAGAUUUUCUUCAAAAAGAAACAUUCAUUCAAUUAUAGUGUGUUUCUCUGCAAGCUACAUUUUCAUGAAGUUUUGUCUUGUAAUCAGAAAAAGCAUAGUCAAAAGAAAACACAUUCAGCUGAAAUUGCUUAAUUAUCUCAAAUAAGGUUUAGCUGCCUGCACAUUUGAAUUUAACAUCACUGCCUAUUAUUUAGGAAGCUCGUGUUAAUAAGGGUGCCAAGCUCGUCCAGUUAUGUCAGAAGCUUGCUACUGAUUGUUUUCUCCACAUCACUGAGUUGUGUUCACCUUCAGCUUUGUGCAACAACAGAUAAAACAUUCUGUGAAGUUUUAGGAACUUAAGGAGCCACCUUCUGCAGACUGACAACCCGAAAGUCAAUCUCGCUGUAAUUCCCUGUGAAGAUUAAGGCAGAGUUUUUAAAAAGAAAAUGUGAGUUCUGAACAUGCCAACUAAGCAGUUUUCCCCUGCUCAUGCAGUGUUUUGACUUGGUAGACACCAGGAGAAGUUAGUAUUAAUACACAACCUGCUCACAAGCAAAACCUCCAUCUCAUCACAUGUGUUUUUCUGCCUGGUGGGAUUUUGUCUGUUCAGAUGAGAGAAAAAGUUAGUGCUUUAUCAUUUUUAAUUAAAAAAAUGCUUCAAAUGUGGGGCACACUGGCAGCUCACCUGGUUAAAAACAAGUCCUGUGUGUAAAGGCAGAGUACUGCAGCAGCUUCAGUGUGAGUCCAGCUCUUUGCUGCAGCUCUGUCACAGUACACCAUCAUAACCACAAUAAAAGGAAACACUUCUAAAACAAGUCUUUGUGAAAAAAGAAUAAAAUGCUCAGAGCAUUUUUAUGUCUAAUCGAAAAACUUUUACCUAAGUUUUAGUUUGAGAAGUUGCUCUUACCGUCCCCAUCUCUUCCUGUCCUGAUUUCCUGUGCAGUAACUAUUUGAUUGACAGUGAAGGCCUUGAAUUAUGGCACUUUUGAGUGUGACAUUAAAGUCUUGCAGGGACAAUUUUUCCUGAUGAAUAAAAUUGAAUGUAUCUUAGUCUAAUGACAAGUUUUCAGCUCCAAGGUCGUCCUGUAUCACGGAAUGAUGCAGCAGUAAUAGACUCUCGUUUGAAAAGAAUUAACUUGAUGUGUCAUGUUCAGCGAAACUGUAAUUUUGUCACUUUCUCUCAACACUAUUUAAGCAGUGACGCAUAAUUUAUCUGUGUGUAGUAUUAAAGCGGUCUCAAGUGCUGUUCCAAGAAUUAGAUGCUUUACUGUGUUUAAUGACACUGGGUUUUAUUUUGCAGUCAAAGGAAUGGCAAUGUAUUAUUGUUUAGUAAUAUUUGCUUUGAAGAACUUAAUCUUUGUUUCCAAUGAACUUAAAAUAUUCAGGUACAGUGUUAAGAGUUUAAAUCUUAGUGAAGUUUUGUCAUCCUCUCCAGUGAGUUAGUGCCAUUGUCAGUUUGCAAACAUCUUUAUUGGCGUAACUUAGCGGAGGCUUUUUAUUUCUAAUUAUUAUGGUACAUAUUUAAAUGCAAAUCUAUCAGUGGAGAGCAAAGACAUCAGCUGUUAAACUGAAGAAAUCUUUGUAGUGAGGAUAGAUCCACACCUGGUCCACAUCUACAUACAACCCUGCAUUUUUAAAUGACUGCACACACUCGUAAUUAUCAUUUAAAUAAAUGGGCAUGUGCAUGUAAA